AUGAGAUUUGCAAAUUACAAGUUUUCAGGAAAUCAGUCCAAUAUCGAUGAAUUUAUCCUGUUGGGAUUCACCAAUUUUAACAACAAGAUUCAGUUAUUUCUUUUGACCCUUUUCCUUUUUAUUUACAUAUUUACAAUUCUGGGUAACUUCACAAUCAUCACCGUGGCAACUCUGGAUUCCCUUCUUCACACACCAAUGUACUAUUUUCUCCGCAACCUCUCUUUCCUUGAAAUGUGCUACGUUACAGUUACCCUUCCCAAAUUGCUCCACACCUUUGUGGCCAAGAGGAAGACAAUUUCUUUCUAUAGUUGCUGUACACAGAUGUAUUGUUUCUUCACCCUUGGUGUCACAGAGUGUUUUAUUCUCGCUGUCAUGGCAUAUGACCGUUUUGUAGCCAUCUGCAACCCCUUGAGAUACUUUACAGUAAUGAACAAAGCUACAUGUUUCAAAAUGGCCGCGGUGUCUUGGGUUUCUGGUAACCUUAUCUCCCUUGGACAGACGGCCUCUAUCUUUUCCCUUCCAUACUGUGGUCCUAAUCUAAUAAACCACUUCUUCUGUGACAUCCCUCCAUUGCUGAAAUUGGCCUGCACUGAUGUUUCUGCUAAUCAGAUUGCUGUUUCUGUCACUGGUUUUCUUGUCCUCCCAUUGCCAUUUGCAUUGGUACUUUACUCCUAUGGGCGCAUCAUUGCUGCUAUUAUACGCAUUAGCACCAAUAAAGAGCGAAAGAAGGUCUUCUCUACUUGUGCCUCACACUUUAUCUCUGUCACAUUAUUCUUCGGAACUGGAGCUUUUACAUAUGUACGGGUGAGGACUAGCGAUAAUCCAGAUAAUGACAAGCUGCUGUCUCUCCUCUAUAGUGUGGUAACCCCACUUCUAAAUCCACUUAUUUAUAGUUUAAGGAAUCAGGAAGUUAAAGGAGGACUUAAAAAACUCUUGCAUCAAAAAGUAGGGAUCAAGGAAAUGAAAACAUCUGGAAAUGUAAUCUCUAGUGAUGAUAUGAAAUGA